CCCCGCCCCCCUCUUCCAUCCUCUUCCAGACCCCCUCCCCAGCCCUUCGCGUCCUUUCCCGUCCUUGCUCCCCUGCACCCCUGCUCUCCUGAACCAUGGUUUUCCACCAGCUUCCGGACUUCGGCCAGGCCGUCAGCCUCGGUACCACCAUCAUGGCGGUCAAGUUCAAGGAUGGCGUCAUCCUGGCGGCCGACUCGCGCACCUCCUCCGGCUCAUACAUUGUCAACCGUGUGGCCGACAAGCUGACCGAGCUCUACCCGGACUCGAUCUACUGCUGCCGGUCCGGCUCGGCCGCCGACACCCAGGCCAUCGCCGACAUCAUUCGCUACUACCUGCAGGUUCAUGCCGCCGAGCAUGAUGCCCCGCCCCCGGUCGAGAUCGCCGCCAACCUCUUCCACAAGGUGUGCUACUCCAACCGCGGGAUGCUGUCCGCCGGGCUGAUCGUCGCCGGCUGGGACAAGGCUUCGGGCGGUGCGGUGUACAACAUCCCCCAGGGUGGCUCGGUUCACCAGCUGGACAUCAGCAUCGGUGGAUCCGGUUCCAUCUUCAUUUACGGCUAUUGCGAUGAGUUCUACCGCCCGGACAUGUCCAAGGAGGAGUGCCUGGACUUCUGCCGCAAGGCCGUUGCCCUGGCCAUCAGCCGUGAUGGGUCUUCUGGCGGUGUCAUCCGCACGUGUGUCAUCACCGAGGCCGGGGCUGAGCGCGAUGUCAUUCCUUUCUAUGAGGUGAAGAUCGGCCCGCCCAUGGGUGCCCCGGGCGCCGCGCCGGCCGCCGCUGAGGCCGCCCCCAUGCAGACUGACGUCGAGGUCCACAGCGACAACUAAGGCCGCGCAUGCACAGGCACAACUUCCCCGCCCGCUGCGCCUUUCUCUUCGCCACAUUCUCGCCAUCCCGCCCUCCCCUCCCUCGCACGGCCAUCCUCCCUUCUUUCGGCUCCAAGAGCAUCUCCCCCCCCCCUCCCCCUCCCUCCCCCCCUCUCUCC